AUGGAGCUGGGCUCGAUGAUGGAGGGGACGCCCUACGAGCCCCCCGAGGAGGACCACUCGUGCUGUGGCCGUUUGCGACGAAUCUUUGCUGCCCCGCAGUACGAGCUUGCCGUCACGCUUCUGAUUUUUGUGAAUGCUUUGCUGAUUGGUCUUCAGUUCCAGUACGAAGGUUUUCAGCUUGCUCACUCGAUCGGCUUUCCCGGCUACAGCGCUUCGGCAGAUGAGCUCUGGCCUGGGAUCGCAACUGCCUUCGAUGUGCUGCAGGUGACCUUCACGUCCCUCUUCUUGGCCGAUGUCGUGAUCAGAGGAUCUCUUUUCUGGAAGACGUUCUUCUACGAUUGGUUCAACUGGCUGGACCUUGUCGUGGUCCUGUCGAGUGUUGUCGACCUUAUCACGCCCGGGAUGUUCAACACAAGUGUCCUUCGGUUGCUGCGCCUCACGAAGCUGACUCGGAGCAUCCGAAUUUUAAAGGUUUCGAGUGUGCUUGACUCGCUGAACAUGAUCAUGAAGUGCCUCCGUGCCAGCGUGGGUACUUUAUUCUGGUCCUUGUGCGUCCUCUUGGUCAUCCAGUGCAUUGGUGCCAUCGUCAUCAUGUACACAGUUCAAACACACAUCCGCAACCCCAACGCCCUUUCGCAGGAGAACAGGUUGUUAGUGUUCGCUUACUUUGGCACCUUCUCGCGCUCCAUGCUCACCAUGUUCGAGGUCCUCUUCGCUAACUGGAUAACGCCUUGUCGCAUACUGGUGGAGCAUUUGAGCGAGUACUUCUCCGCUGUCUUUAUCUUGUACCGGUGUUUGGUUGGCUUUGCCGUCUUGAACGUCAUUCAGGCCGUGUUCAUCCAGCGCACCAUGCAGGUGGCCCAGGACGACAAGGAGCUGCAGCUCAAGCAGAAGCAGUAUGCCGCCAAGACCUUCGAGCGAAAGCUGCGCUACAUCUUCGAGGAGCUCGACACUUCUGGAGAUGGCAUCGUGACCUGGGAGGAGUUCGAUGGCCAUCUCAAGGAUCCUCGGACCGGCGCGCUCCUUUCCAUGAUCGAGAUCGACGCCCAGGACCUCAGGGUAUUCUACGAUUUGUUGGAUGACGGAGAUGGCCGGGUUGAUGCGCAGAAGUUUGCACAAGGCGUGCUGGCGAUGAAGGGCCCCGCCAAGGGUAUUGAUCUGGCGCAGCUAAGCAAAAACGUCGGCCGGCUUGGUCUCAUGGCGCCCCCUUGGCAGCUUCAGCCUCGAUUCAGUGCGCAGCAGGGCCUGACACAGGGCAGCUGUUUGCCCUUGCAGCAGUUGGAGACCUCCGAAGCUCUAAGACUGUAA